AUGAGCAAAGCUCACCCUUCUGAGUUGAAAAAAUUUAUGGACAAGAAAUUAUCAUUGAAAAUAAAUGGUGGCAGACAUGUCCAAGGAAUAUUGUGGGGGUUUGAUCCAUUUAUGAAUCUUGUGAUAGAUGAAUGUGUGCAGAUAGCAACUUGUGAGCAACAGAACAAUAUUGGAAUGGUGGUAAUAUGA